GCAAGGGGAGGGCGAGCGGGAGGGGCUUCAUUUCUGGAAGCUGUUUCGGGCAAUGACGUCUGAAUGGGUGCCUAACGUCAAUAUGAAAGUAGCUUGGGGUCUCUUCGUAUUGCCAUUUGAAGAGGCGUACCGGGAUGCUCCGCAAUCCAAUGGGGUCAAGGGGACGAUCUCAGAUACAUGAAAGAAGACCAUGAGGAAGAACGUUUUUCUUAAACUGCCACAUGCAGUCCAAUGAGAGCGCCGCGCACGGAUGCGCACUGCCUGGAGCUUUCAGAGGACCACCUGAGUCCUUGGGCUAGGGCGCUCGACUUCGGGCCGGCACAGGUUACUAUGGGGCUACUGAUUUUGGACGAGGGGGAAAAGAUGGUCGGUGUGGAGCAGAACAAAGGCUGCGCCAGGUGCUGGCCAACGACCCGAGCCUGCCUUCUGUCUGCAUUCGCGACCAUCAACUCGGACCUCGCCGUGACCAAGCUCGUCGAGCCCAUUCUCAGACGUCUUGAUUCCGGCACUGGCACGGGAUGUCACCUGCGGAGCACGAGGCGGCAGUACCCGAGAUUGGAUAGAGCCGGGACAAGUACGUCCGUGAUAGGACGAAGCACCACCCAGGGAGGCUGGCGGGGCUCCUUGACCGUGUACCGUUGGGGCCCGGCCGUCGAAAGGCCCUCCAAACGAUGGAGGCGGCGCCACAACCUAUUGAGGUGUCACCAGUAAAACAGGAGCCCCCAGCUCAAGAGGAGUUGCAAUCCCCUGUUUCUACAGGGGCGUCUUGACUUCAAGAGCAUCGGCCAGCCAGCCAGGUAUAAAGUCCCCUGGCAGUGUGUCGGAACGAUGAAGUCAAAAGGAAGAUGACGG